AUGGACCAGAGAAAAUGUGCUGCGCUGCUUCUCGUCUGGACACUCGCCUUUCAACAGGUGUGUAGCAGUCCUGUGGUCUCGGUGGGUGGAUCCCUGUCCCUAAUCCAGUCCCAGACCCUCCAGACCCAGCAGACCCAGCAGAGGAGCCAGCCCCAGCGGAGGAGGACCGCCCGCAUGAGUCCUCUUUGGAGGAUCAACAACAGCAAACCGUUCGGAGCUUACUGUCAGAACGGCUACGAGUGCUUGUCCGGAAUCUGCAGAGGUGGAUUUUGUGCCACGGUGCAUCGUACCGCAACCGUCUCUGUCGUCGACUAG